AUGUCCGACGGUAUCCCCAAGAUCCCCUCGCGCCGGAACCAGGACCCGGCGCACGUCAUGAACCUCUCCCUCAACAUGGGGUAUGAGCCGUGCUCGAAGAAGGAUAUUACGAUCGUCGAUCUCGAUAUCCAGGUCUAUGGGCUGGACGAGAUCCAGGGCAGCACGAAGCCCGUCGUCGCUAUUCUCAUCGCGCACGGCUGGGCGAACAACGCGGCCCAGAUGGCCAACAUGUCGCACGGCUUGAUCGGUUCGAUCCGUUCUCGCGGCCCUGCUCCCCGAGACGUGAUCGUAGUCACGGUCGAUCAGCGGAACCACGGCCCGCGCAAGACGAAGAAGGACACGCUGUCGUACAACAAGAACCCCUGGCGUCUCGUCGCGAUGACGGCGACGCUGACGGGCGGCAUGCAGGACCAGCAGCUCAUCAUGGACUACCUCGAAGACUACGCUUUCCCAAUGGGGGGACGGAAGAUUGUCGAGUUCAUGGUCACUGGUGUGUCGCUUGGUGGGCACGUGGUGUGGAGGUUGAUGCAGAUGCCCAUCAUCGCGGUCCCGGCCGACGCUCUGGGACGCGUGCACACCGCUCGUUUCAGAGCCGAAGGUGUCCUAGGCACUGACAAGAUGUUCUACCCCGCGCGCACGCGGGCCUUCUACGAGGACCACAAGGGUCCCCAGCCGUACAGGGGGAAGAAGAUCCUGGCACUGUGCGGAGGCGUCGACGAGGUGAUUCCCCCACGACUGGGCAUGGACGAGUGGAACGACGUCGUGAACCUCCUCGGCAAGGAGAAUGCGCAGAUGGUCGUGCAGGACAACGCGGGUCAUAUCUGUACGCCGGAGAUGGUGGGGCAUGCGGCCGAGUGGUUCUACAAGUGGGGCGUCAACGUGCAGGACGCGGACAAGGCGAGGCUCUAA